UCCAUGGUGCGGGUGUCCCCGCGGCUCCCGGGAGCGCGGCGGCGCGGGGCUGCAUGGACGUGAUGUCCCCGCAACAGGAGCACCUCGGCCCGGGCCGCUCGUCCUCGGUGAGCGGCGAGGGCAGGGGCUUCGCCGCCGCCGCCGACAGCAAGAAGAAAAUGAAGAGUUUGGCCCAGAGACGCCAGUCUGCACCAUCUUUGAUCUUUGUCAAAGCACUUAGCAGAUCUCGAUCGGCCUCGAGGGAAGGCUGCUUGUCCCCCCUCAGCCCAGAGGCAUGGCCUCUUGUGCAGUCUUUCAUAUGCCACAACCGAACGUUCAUCCUGGAUGGCCAUGUGCAGCUGAAGACGAGUCUGCAGACCCAGGAGCGACACCUUUUUCUCUUCACAGACAUUCUGGUUGUUGCCAAGUCCAAGUCACACUCUCAUUUCAAACUGAAGUGCCAAGCACGUCUCUGUGAGAUGUGGACAGCAUUUUGUACAGAAGAAGUCUGUGAAGGCAGCACAGACCCAGAGAGGUCCUUUGUUUUGGGCUGGCCUACCACAAACUGUGUGGCAAAUUUCAGGUCUGCAGAACAAAAGGAAACAUGGCUCUCUUAUUUGCAGAGUCGAAUAAGAGAAGAGAAGGAAAAAGACAAUCCUAAAAGGAUUCCUGUGACGAUAAUUGCAAAAGACGUGGGAACUUGUGCAUAUUCAAAAACCCUAAGUGUAACCAAUGUUGAUACAGCAAACGAUGUAAUUCUGAUGGCCCUGCAGCAACUGGGAAUUAAUGGCUCUGAAAAAGAUUACAAGUUGUGGGUGAUUUCAGGAAGAGAACAUGCUCCUUACCCUCUUAUUGGACAUGAAUAUCCCUUUGGAAUUAAAAUGAGCCACAUUCGCGACGCUAUGCCCCAUGGAUCAAAGCACUGUGCCUGCCCCAGGCAGGUUCAGGAGUCUUUCCUGACGGAGCAGCUGCCCCAGGAGCUGCAGUGCCAGUUUGUGCUGAAGCCAAGCCAAGUGGCCGUGUGCCAGCAGCUGAACGACUUAAGCCAAAAGCCAUUUAAAAGGAAAAGAUCUAUCAUAAAUUGGGCUUUUUGGCGUGGCCCAGGCUCUCAUUUGGACAAUGCACCCCUCUCCACAACAUCUGCUGCUCCCGGGAAGCUCUUUGGCCUCUUGCUAACAACCAUCUGUGAGGAUGACAACCUGCCCAAACCCCUCUUGGACAUGCUUUCCCUCCUUUACCAAGAAGGCCCUUCCACCAAGGGUAUUUUCAGACGCUCUGGAAGUGCAAAAACCUUCAAAGAGCUCAAGGAGAAGCUUGAUUCAGGCUCUGAGGUGGACUUAGCCUGUGAAUCCAUAUUUGUGACAGCAUCUUUGUUUAAGGAUUUUCUUCGCAACAUCCCAGGCAGCAUUUUGUCAUCCCAGCUGUGUGAUAAGUGGGUCUCUGUGCUGGAUCAAGGAAAUAAUGAAGAGAAGAUAAAAAGCAUACAAAGGUUAUUAGAACAGCUCCCCAGAGCUAAUGUUGUUCUCCUGCGUUACAUCUUUGGAGUGCUGCAUGGUAUAGAAAUGAGAUCUGAAGAGAACCAGAUGAAUGCAUUUAAUCUGGCUAUCUGCAUUGCACCUAGCCUGCUCUGGCCUCCUGUUUCCUCCACUCCUGAUAUAGAAAGUGAAUUUGUAAAAAAGAUUUCCAGUCUGGUACAGUUCCUCAUUGAGAAUUGCUGUAGGAUUUUUGGAGAUGAAAUCACCUCCCUCUUCGGAGAAAUACUGAUGACAUGUAAUAGAGAGAACAGCUCAGAUGUUGCUUCUCUCCAUCAGAAUGACUCUUCCUAUGACAGCCUGGAAAAUGAGGCAAAUGAUGAAGCUGAUUCUUCUUCUAGUGACUGGAUUAAAACCCGCGAUCAAGAUAACAGGAGCAGAGAGUCUGUCUUCACUCUGAGUGAUGGUGAUUCGGAGCAGACAGAGGUGGAUGAAAUCCAAAGCAAGACCAAAUCAAAGCAGUUGACACUUUCUGUUGGCAUGCACCUGAAGUUUUCAUCACAAAAAAGCUCACAGAAUGAGUCUCUGUGCUCCAGUGCACUGGGUUUCUCUUCAGCAGCUACCUCGGGUGCCCUCAAAACUUUGAGGAGAUACAGACGCUCCUCCGAGCCUGCAGUUGCCCUCCUCGCCUCCAGUUUCGUCCACACUGAUGAUGGUCAUGAGAAGGCAACACGCAAAGCCAGCUGUGAUGCUGUCCUAUCUCAUGAAGAGGAAGACUAUCUCUGUCAGCUUCGGUCGUUGCAGAUGGAAAGGCAAAAACUUAGCAAUCAGAGCUUGAUUAUGGGGAUUAAUGUUGGUAAAAGUGACAACACAAACCAAAACGUUGAAAGGAAAGACCUGUCCCACAGUCUCCUGCCUCCAACGCCUGAGGGAUUAAAUAUUUGCUCAGGAUUUAGCUGUUCUAGCCAGUCUUCUUCGGGGACAUCUCCAUCUGUGUCGUCGAUUUGCUCUCUGGACAGUGCUUUCUCGCAGUUUUCAGACCAGACUCUGUUUACCCUAAGUGAAGUCUCCUGCCCUUUCGACAGCACUUUUCAGUUGCUAAAGAAACACGAAGAUGCUGAUGCUGCUGUGGCUGGUGACUAUUUGGUUGCACACACCAAGGUGCCACCAUCUCCACAACCUACUGACACUGUGGCUGAGAGGGGCUUGGUGGAGCCCAAUAGCAGGCCAGCCCCCCUGAAACCUACUGAUGGGGUUGAUGGCUAUUCGAUUAAGCCUAAAAUUCAGCCAUUGCCUCUGAAAGUCACAGGAAGGGACAGUGUUCAUGAUCAAAGAGGACGUCUAGAAAAACACUGCAGCAAUCCAAAGUUUAAAGAGACUGACCAAAGCUUUUUGCAGAGGAAUAUUAAUGCGUAAAAUAAACACCAUAAAGAAAAUGCCUUUGGUGUUAAUGUGUGUUCAUUUUAAGUUUAACAUCCAGGUUGUUCAAAUUUAAUUGAGCAGUCCCCAGACUCACAGGUUUUCUUUUUUUAGGAAACUGUUUGAGUAAUGUUCUGACAUAAAGCUUUGCAAGAACAUUGUAACAAUAAUAAAAAUUUCUGAAAAGCAAGAAAACAGAAGUCUCCUGAAAGUCUGGAAGGGGCACAGGAGGUAACUAAGGCCAGUGCCCUGUUCUCUGACCCUGCCAGGGCAGUGGGGUGCCUGCUGGGCCUCUCCCCUUGACCACUCGAGUGUUGAGCCUUGCAGAUGUGAGUCUCAGUCCUUUGUGCUUUUGAUGUAGUGUGCAAAGUCAGCAUAGAUUCCACAACUGUGGUAUUAUACUACUGUUCUGAAACUGAUGAAUAUUCCCUUCAUUGUCCUCCAAGGAGUAAGUGUAUUGUUUUCUGUAUGUUUAUGCGGUAUGUUUGAUAGGUGUAGUUAUUCCUUUCACACUGUAAAAGAAAGACAAAAGUAAGCUCAAAAAUAUGUAAAGGGAAAUGCAGAAGCUUGUAACUAACACCCUGCCACUCUGUGUGUUUCAUUUAUUGUGCUUUGUUGGCUGUUCUGUUCAUGUUUAAGUUGUGAAUAUUUUCUUAACAUUGCUGUAAAUGGCAUUAUGUAUUAUUGCAAGCAGAACACAUGUAAUUUUAUUAUGCAGCAUCUAAAACACAGAAUCACACAAUGGUUUGGAUUGGAAGGGACCUUGAAGAUUGUCUAGUUCCAACCCCACUGCCAUGGGCAGGAACACCUUCCACUGGAUCAGGUUUCUCAAAGCCCCAUCCAACCCAGCCUUUAACACUUACAGGGAAGGGGCAUCCACAACUUCCUGGGGCAACCUGUUCCAGUGCUUCCCCACCCUCACAGGAAAGAAUUUUUUCCUAACUACCAAUCUAAACCUGCCCUCUUUCAAUUUAAAACCAUUGCCCCUUGUCCUGUCACUCUCUUCCCAUAUAAAAAAAAAAUAACCUCCCUCCUUUUUAUAAGCCCCCUUGAGGUACUGGAAGGCCGAAGUGAGGUCUUCUGAAGCUGCCUAUUCUCCAGGCUUAACAACCCCAACUCUCAGCAUUUCCUCAUAGAAGAGGUGUUCCUUUCCUCUAAUGUUCUUUGUGACCCUCCUGUGGACCCCUCUAACUGGUCCACAUCUUUCUUGUGCUGGGGACCCCAGAGCUGGAUGCAGCACUCCAGUUGGAGUCUCACCAGAGUGAAGUAGAGGGUCAGAAUGCCCUCCCUUGCCCUGCUGGCCACACUGCUUUUGGUGCAGCCCAGGGUACUAUUGGCUUUCUGGGCUGAGAGUGCACAUUGCUGGCUCAUGCCCAGCCUCUCAUCCACCAGCACCCUCAGGGUCUUCUCCAUAGGGCUGCUCUCAAGGAGUUCUUCUCCCAGUCUGUACCCAUAUCUGGGAUUGUCCCGACCCAAGGCAAGUUGCAGCACCUUGCACUUAGACUUGUUGAACCUCAUGAGAUUCCAGUGGAUCCACUUCUUGAGCUUGUCCAGGUCCCUCUGGGUGGCAUCUCGUCCUUCUGUUGUGUCAGCUGCACCUCUCAGCAUCAUGUCAUCUGCAAAAUUGCUGAGGGUGCACUCGAUGAUCUCACUGUCUUUGUCAUACGUCAUGUAAUAUAUUAAAGUGAUGCAUUAUCUAAAUGCUUUGAGUUUGUAUAAUAUAUCCUGUUAAAUUUUGCUAUUAUAUAUGUUCUGAAUAAAAUGUGUAUUUUUGUACUUGCAAAAAACUGCUGCUAAUUUUACAAGUUCUGUUUUGUUGUUACAGCACUGGUAUUGAUGUGUAUGCAUUCAAUGCUAUCUAUUAAAUAUUAUUUGUUAUGUCAUAAAUUCAA